CAGCUGCCGCCCAAACGGCCACUCCAGUCUCAGCGAAGAAGAGCAAUUCAUGUCGCUGAAUCCUCCUCUCUUACAUUUUCUUUUUCGAUUUUCUGACCGGGGGUUUCGCGGACCAGGGACGUUUUGGUAGAUUAGAUAGCCCUUGAUGGAGGCGGCGCUGGAUCUGAUGAGGAGGAUUUCUCCUAACCAGAGCGAGACGGCGCUUUCUGCCUUGCUGGCGCUUCUCCCCAACCACUCCUCCGAGCUUCUUUCCCAGGUUGAUCAACCUCUACAGGUCCUUGUGGAUGCAGAGUGCUCAAAGGAGUUUAUACUUUGUGAAUAUAAUCGAGAUGCUGAUUCAUAUAGGUCUCCUUGGUCAAAUAAAUAUUAUCCGUCUUUAGAAGAUGGAUCUCUCCCAUCUGCAGAGAUGAGGAAGCUAGAGAUUGAAGCAAAUGACAUUUUUGCUGUUUACCGUGAUCAGUACUAUGAAGGUGGCGUUUCUUCUGUAUAUAUGUGGGAGGAUGAUGGACAAGGUUUGGUGGCCUGUUUCUUAAUAAAGAAAGAUGGUUCAAAGAGUGGGGAUGGAAAAAGAGGGUAUCUCCGAGAGGGUUCCUGGGAGGCAAUCCAUGUUAUCCAGGUCAGAACAGAAGAAGAUGAAAAGGCUCAUUACUGCUUGACAAGCACAAUUAUGCUUUCAAUGACUACAGAAGACAAACCAUUUGGCACUUUUAACUUGUCUGGUUCAAUCAGAAGACAGAUGAACUGUGAUCUUGUAGUGGCGGAUGGUCACAUUUGUAACAUGGGAAAGAUGAUUGAGGAGAUGGAGGGUAAGCUCAGGAAUUCACUGGAUCAGGUGUAUUUUGGGAAGACGAGAGAAAUGGUAUGCACUUUGAGGCCACAACCUGAAGGCAUUCAAUUUAAACCAGCAGAAUAAUGACAUGAAAUCAUCAAAAUUCGAUAUUUUUUACUGUUAUAAAUUUUAUUUCAUUUUUCGUAGUUUCAAUCAGGAAA